GAACAGAGCAGAGGUUUAAACAUGGCGGAAGACAAGAAAGGGAAGGUUUGUGUAACAGGUGCUGGAGGAUACAUAGCUUCAUGGCUCGUAAAGCUUCUCCUUUCCCAUGGCUACCACGUUCAUGCCACUCUCCGAGACCCCGAUGACGAGAAAAAUGCUCAUCUCAAAGACCUCAAAAACGCGGCCGAAAAAAUGAAAACCUUCAAAGCAGAACUAUUGGAUUACGGUGCUAUUCGCGAAGCUGUUAAUGGCUGCCAUGGCGUCUUCCAUAUCGCCAGCCCCGUUCCUAUUGGCACCCCUCCUAACCCGGAGGUAGAAGUAGUUAAGCCGGCGAUAGAAGGGACUCUGAAUGUCCUAAAAGCAUGUUCAGAAGCCGGAGUCAAGCGCGUCGUGAUUAUGUCAUCCGUUGCUGCAAUAAUCAUGAACCCCAACUGGCCAGAGGAUCGAGCCAUGGACGAGACGAGCUGGUCCGAUGCAGAGUACUGCAAGACUACCGAUGAUAGCGCAUACUUUUAUGCGAAAACAAUGGCCGAGCGCGCGGCGUGGGAAUAUGCAGCAACACAUGGACUCGACCUCAUCACCAUGUGCCCGCCCAUCGUCAUAGGGCCAAAGCUUCAACCGGCCGUAAACGCUAGCUCCUUCUUUAUUGUUCUGCUCCUAAGUGGAGGAUUCGAGGGGAUGGAAAAAGGGUACCAAAAGCUAGUGGAUGUGCGCGACGUGGCUGAGGCGAUGAAGUUAGUAUACGAGACGCCGGAGGCUGAAGGCCGGUACAUAUGCAGUGCACACAUGGUAGAGUCUCAAGAGUUGGUGCAAAUGCUCAAAGACAUGUAUCCAGACUAUGAAUAUCCCGAGAGCUACAUUGAAGGAAACACAUUGUCGAAAUUAAGAUUGAGUUCGGAGAAACUGCAGAGGUUGGGUUGGAAGUAUCGGCCGUUGAAGGAAACUCUUGUCGAUUCCAUCGAGAACUACAAACAAUCUGGGGUUUUGUCUUGAAGUUCAAUAUAUAUACACAUAUAUAUUGUGUAAAAUUGCUUAUGAUCGGGUUUGAAAAGUUUGCGACG